CUCUCAGCUCCAGUGCAGCCUCUGGUCCAGACGGGUUCAGGCUCUCUUCUUCACCGCGGGAGCUUCAGGGGGGGGAAACGGCUUCAGUGUGUGUGUGUCUGUGUGUGUGUGGGAGAGGAGGUGGGAUGUGUGUGUGUGUGUGUGUGUUUAGGGAAAUCUUCUUCAACAUCUGACUGAGGCGCGCAGAACUUCCUCCCCGAGGAUUAUUUGAACUCACCUGGAUGAGUCGGACACCGGAGAGCCGGGACACGUGACCUGAGUAAACACACAGCAGCAAUGCUUUGGCCCAGCGUGUGGACGGUCCUGAUGCUCGUCCUGCUGCUCUCUCGCGGUGCUCGGUGUGUGGAGCCAGAGGAGGAGGAAGAGGAGGAGGAGGAGGAGGGGCCUUCUGCCCUGGACCUCCCCUGGCAGGAUGAGCUGUGCUGUGACUCACCUGCAGCCCACCUCACAAACCGGUCUGAACCGGACCUCCCACAGGACCCCGUCUGCAGCUUCAGGGGCUCGACUAGCCAAUCAGGACCUCACGAGUCCUCUGGCGUCCACACUGGCGCCUGUUUGGACAUACUGUGCACCAUCGAUGGACAUCGGGAACAUUUGAGAUGUGACCUCCGACCUCUCCUUCCACCGUCGAGCCCGGUGCAUGCUGGUCCGGUGGCAGUUAGUCUCCGGCGACUCUCGUCACGGAGAGACGCCGCGGAGGCGAAGGACGGGACUGCGGCGCCCAGGGAUCCCGUUGUCUGCCACGGGAAGGACGCCUUCGCGUGUUCGCUCGCCGUCGGCUCCGCCGCGCGCUUCGUCGCCGUGGUAACCGUCAGCAUCUCCGCCGCCCUCGCUCCGCCCGUUCUCCUCAGGAUUCCCCAGCGACCGGUGAGACCGAGUCCUCCAGUCCACCUGUCUCACCUGCAGACCCUCCAGGCCGAGCUGGUUCUGCACUGGGACGACCCGCCGGGCUCCGUCGGCCCGCUCAGAUACGAAGUGCGUCACGCGCCCAGCGCCGCCCGCCCGGCGUGGCAGGUGGCGUCCUCCCCUGCAGCCUCCAUGUUGUCUCUGGAUCUGAAGCCCAGACUGAACUACACGGUCCAGGUCCGAUGCUCCGGCCCGGACGAGCCUCCAGGGUGGAGCGGGUGGAGCGCACCGCACCACAUCUACCUAAAUGCGGUGAGCUACAUCCCUGAGAAGGUGGUGGCGCGGCCAGGGGACAACGUGACGGUGCACUGCGUGUUCAACGACCGCGGCGUGAACGCCAGCGCCGCCGUGUGGAGACUCAACUUCCAGCGGCUUCAGCGCGGACUGUACCACCCGGUCAGCCAGCGGGUGAGCCGGGUCACAGUCCGUCCUUCCGAGGCCCGGCUGUACGACCUGCUGCAGUGCACGGAGGAGUGGGCCGGCCCGUACAGCCAGGUGUACGUAGACGGAGCCUCCAUCGAUAUAAACUGCGUAACCAACGGCGAUAUCGAUGCUAUGGACUGCAGCUGGAAGAACACACAGCUGACUAACCCUAAGUUCAGGUCGAGGUGGGCCGACUUGCCGUGCGACGUGAUGGAGGCGAGGGAGAGAGCCGGGGAGGAAGUGGGGGAGGUGGGGCCGGCUUGCCCUCAGGUUCAAUCCAAGAGGGGAAGCUGCAGCAUCCGGCCUCUGAGGAUGAACUGCUACCGGCUGUGGCUGGAGGUGCCGUCCCGCCUGGGUCCCGUCAGGACUAAACCCACCUACCUGACGCCCAUAGAUCACGUAAAGCCCCAUACGCCCACUAAUGUGAGGGCGGUGAGCCGGAGCGGUGGGGUCCUGGAGGUCUCGUGGGAGCCUCCGCCUCUGCCUGCCGAGGGGCUCCAGUGUCAGAUCGGCUACCGCUCGCCCUCCGCUGGACGAGCCCAGCCGGAGUGGAAGACUCAGAGUCCGGUGCGUGUUUCCUGGACGGAGGUGUCGGUGUCGUCGGACAUGUGUCGGGUCUACGCGGCGCAGGUGCGCUGCAUGCACACCAACGGCACCGGCUAUUGGAGCGAAUGGAGCGACGCCGUCUACUCGGCGCCUCAGAACAGCAGAGCUCCGGAGCGCGGUCCGGAUUUCUGGAGAGUCAUUCAAGACGAGCCGUACGGAAACCAGACUAAUGUGACUCUGCUAUUUGAGCAACUCCGAAUACCAGCGCGUUCGUACUGCGUGGAUGGAUUCAUAGUCCGGCGCCGGACGUCGACCGGCUCGGUGACGAGGCAGCAGAUGGACGUGGCGUCCUCCUUCAGCUUCCAGUGGGACCAGGAGCCCCACACGGUGACCGUGGAGGCCUUCAACGAUCUGGGGAGCUCCGCUCACAACGUCAACAUGACGCUGGAAAGGCGACCCCGACGCCGCGUUGUUCGUUCAUUCGGCGUCUCGGUUGUCAACAGCACCUGCGUGUCUCUGUCCUGGAGCCUGUUGGACGACGUCUCCGCCGUCCCUCUGUUCAUGGUGGUCCAGUGGUCACUGGUACCGGGUCAUCACGAGGGCCGGACCGGCGCCACGUGGACCAGACUGCCGUACACGGACAGCCCCGUACAUCUGAGAGGUGAUUUCUUCGGCUCCGAGCAGUCGGGCUUCUCCUUGUACCCCGUGUUUGCUGACGGAGAGGCGGAGCCAAUGUACGCAACAGCCACCAGACGAGACCCCGCGGCCUCCCUGAUGCUGCUGGCCAUCUCCUUCCUCUUCCUCGUCCUCUUCGUCACCCUCAUCCUCUCCCAGAACCAGAUGAAGAAGUUUGUGUGGAAGGAGGUUCCCGACCCGAACAAAUGCUCCUGGGCCAGAGGCCUCGACUUCAAUAAGACGGACACCUUUGACCACUUGUUGCAUCUCCCAGAAUGCCCGGCGGCCUGGCAGCUGCUGCUCCCACCUGAGAACAUUUCCAAAGUCGCCGUAGUCGACAAGAUCGAUCUCUCCGCUCUGACUUCGGCGUCGGUCCGAGCCGACCCGCGCCGACCCCCGGGGUCAAACCUGGAGGUCAACCGAGAGGCCCGGGAGGGUGAGCGGCUCCGUGGCCGAGCUCCUUCAAGCCCGAGACGCGAUCGGUUACAGCGUGACGGUCCGCCGGCGGACCUCAAAGACGGCUCCGCUCCGUCUUCGGUCGCGUACGCCACGGUGCUGCUCUCGGAUCCGAAGCAGCAGCAUCUUCAUCUUCAUCUUCACAACAAGAGCGGCAGCGGCAGCAGCUCCGGCGACGAGGGCAAUUUCUCCGCCGACAACUCGGACAUCUCCGACUCUUCCCACGGUGGCGGCGGCCUGUGGGCGCCGGACGACCCGCGGCGCUCCCGCUCCUACACCUCCGUGGAGGAGCUCUCCGAAGGCGAAGAAGAGGAGGAGGAGGAGGCGAGAGGAGAGAAAGACGUGUCCUAUCUAGAGAUGGAGUAUCCGGCGGAGGACAGCGAGGUCGACGACGAGGCGCAGACGGGAGACGAAGAAGAAGAGGAGACGAGCGCCGAGCCGCCGGGCGAUGUGGGAGCGGACGGAGAGGGCCGCUCGGCGGAGUCGAGCCCGUUGCUAGGCGACGGGGAAUCGAGCGAGCGAGCCUCGUCUCCGCUUUACCUGCCUCAGUUCAGAACUACGAGACGACAAACCGCCCUCGCACAGACGGGAUUUAAAUGACGACGCACAUCUUUAAAUCUGUCGCGUCGUCGAAAAGCGCCACGACUCAGCGUUUAUUCACCAGAGCGGGCUUUUGCACACGGCCCUUCAGAGGUGGAGCGGGAACAAAACGCCACGGCCAACGUGUGAGGGCGAGGACGGAUACUCACCAAAUGCUGCUAUUUAGUUCUUUCAAGGAAAGAUUCUACUUUACCUCUGCACUCGGUAAGCAAUGCUGAGAAAUCUGGAACCUAUGGAUGGACGUUUGAGAACCCGUUUAAAGAUCUUUGAAGAACUAUUUAGGGAAAUGGUUCUUUAAAGAACCCUGGUUUAAAAGGUUCUUUGUGGAACCAGAAAUGGUGCCUUAAAGAACCAUUGUUUAAGGUUCUUAGAGACACCUUUAUAGGUUCUUUAAAGAACUAUUUAAGGACACGGUUCUUUAAAGAACCAUUUUAUUUUAAUUAUUUUGGGCUUUAUUUCAAGUGAAACAGGGAAAAAAGUUCAUAGAGAGUAAAAAGACGCACAGAGAGUGAGAGAAAAGCUUGUGGGCGGCUCAGUGGGACUAUAAAUCAAGUUGAUGUAGUGUGUGUGUGUGUGUGAUUUUUGAACACCGAAUUUAUUGCAUUUGUAAUCAGGUUGCGCAACAACAACAUCUGCACUAACUCACCCGCCUACCCGGAUAAUGUAUUUUUGUACUUCUGUGCUGUAAUGUAUUUAAAACGUUGAUAUAGUUUUGUGAGAUAUGUAUCAAUUUGUUCUUGUGUAUCUUAAGAACAGAAGAAAGACAAAAGAAUGUAUCUUUAAAACAAGAAGACGGAGAUUAAAAGUAAUGAAAUAUAUUGCUCUAUAUUGAGAGAUUCCUUCUAUUUUUCAUGGUUUGAAUAAAGUGUUUAUUGUGAAGUCUGGUUUCUGUAACGGGGAUGAAGAAGAGGAAACUUCACAGUAGAGUAUUCAGGUUUCAUCAUGGAGACACUUUUCAUUCAGGGGUAUUCAUACACAGUAGACACAGCAGGGAGCAACUCGGGGUUAAGUGUCUUGAUCAAGGACACGUCGACUAGGGCGGGGACUGAACCGCCAACCCCCUGAUUGGAAGAUGGACCUGAUAACCACUGACACACGGGCAAACAGGCGAACUACACAGGCAACACGUGAUGAACCGGAGCAUCUAACAAUAAAAAACAUAAAACAAUAACAAACAUAUAAUCAUAAAACAAUAACA